AUGUCGACCCUUGUCGACGAGCUGCUUCAGGACUUCGAGUCCGGUUCUGAAGCUGGCGAAAGCCCCGGCCAUGAUGAUGGCUUGAUGGGCGAUGAGGAGGGUGCGGCCCUGAUGGGUGGUGGCGGCGGGGAUGUCGAUAUGGACGGCGAUAUGGACAGCUCGGACGACGAGAUGGGGGGCGUCGACCGGACGGAUCCGGAGGAGAUGAAGGCCAAGGUCGACAAGAUGCAGAUGGCUGGGAUUGGCGACAUUAGGACAGUCGCAACUCUCAUGAAGACUCUUGAACCCGUCCUCGAGAAAAUAUCACAUUAUCAGUCACAACCACCUGAAUCACAAACAGGCGCCAUCGGCAACGUCGAGGAUCACCCAGAAUAUCAUCUCUUAACACAGUCGAAUAGCCUGUCGACCCAGAUCGACAGCGAGAUCGUCCUGGUCCACAAGUUCAUCAAGGACCACUACUCAGUGCGCUUCCCUGAGCUUGAAACUUUGAUCACGAAUCCGUUGGAGUAUGCAAAGGUUGUUGCCGUGCUCGGAAAUGGACCCCUCGAUGCAGACAACAUCAAGACGCUUCAGUUGUCGACGGACAACCCCUUGGGAGUAUCUCUCAAGUCUGUCUUGGAUGGUCCGUCACUCAUGAUUGUCACUGUUGAAGCGACUACAUCCAAGGGCCAAGAUAUGUCCCCGGAAGCGCUCGAGAGGGUUGUCCGGGCGUGUAAAAUGGUGAUCAGCCUGGACAAGGCCAAGAAGACGCUCACAGACUAUGUGCAAUCGCGCAUGAACCUAUUUGCGCCUAACCUAACAGCCAUGGUUGGCUCGCUCACGGCAGCACAGCUGCUCAACACCGCCGGAGGUCUUACCGGUCUUGCCAAGACUCCAGCUUGCAACAUCGCCGCCUGGGGAUCCAAAAAGGGAGCAGGAGCGGCUAGUUUUGCCACAAAUGUCGGCGUGAGGCAGCGUGGCUACCUCUACAACUCGCCCCUCCUUCGCCAAGUGCCUACAGAUCUCAAAAAACAAGGACUGCGGAUAGUGUCCGCCAAGUUGAUCCUGGCCGCCAGGAUUGAUUGCAGCCACGAAGCUCCCGACGGAUCCAAGGGCGAAGAGUACCGAGAAAACUGUCUCAGUCGGAUCGAGAAGCUACAGGAGAAGCCCUUGAACAAGGGUGCACGCGCCUUACCGGCGCCUGAUGACAAGCCAGCACGGAAGCGGGGUGGUCGUCGCGCACGAAUGGCCAAGGCCGCGACGGCCAUGACCGAUCUUCGCAAGGCUCAGAACCGGAUGGCGUUCGGCAAGGAGGAGAACGAGGUCGGCUACGGAACUGGAGAUUCAACGGCCGGCAUGGGUAUGAUUGGGCAGCAGAGCGACGGCAGGGUACGCGCCAUGCAAGUCGACAAUCGCACACGAGCCAAGUUGUCCGCCAAGAACAAGGGCUGGGGUGGCAUAGCGACCUCUACGGGCAGCGGAGGUGUUGCAUCUUCACUCAAGGGGUUCGGUCAAACUGCCGGGAACCUGGACCUAAGGGGGAAGGGCUUGCGGGCAUCUGGAGUUGGGACCACGCUGGGCUCGGGCGGGACCAUGUCAUCACUCGCCUUCACGCCGAUGCAGGGCCUGGAGCUUGUGGAUCCAAAGGUUCAGGCGGAGCUCGGAAGGAAACGAAAGGCAGAGGAGGAUCGCUGGUUCAAGGGUGGAACUUUUACUCAGGUUGGAGGUUCAGGGGGUGGGGACGAUGGCGUGUUCAAGAAACCAGCUUUGCCGCCGGCAAAGAGGGUGGAUACGGGAGCUACGAAGAAGUGAGAAUACGUGGUGUGUUUUUGUAUUCUUCUAAAAUGCGGUUGUUUUCGUGUUUCGCCAGCUCGAGUGCUGCUUGAGUGCAUAGGUAAGGCGUCCAUUGAUUGCCCUUGCAAUUUUCAGGCACGAGAAUAAGCAAUCGGCGGAAGUCUGUCAAGAUAGCUUACAAUGUAUCAUAUAAAACAUUUAGGUCGCCAUUUGCUUCGUAUCACUUUUAGUCUUGGCGACAGAGAUGUCAGGAAGUUCUUACUCUUCAAGUCUCUUUUCACUGCAUAAGUCAUAGGUCAAG